AUGUACUCACGUAACCCGACCCGAUUUCGAUCCGCCAAACUCCUCGCCUCGAGGGCGGAGCGUUUACUUGGCGUCUCACCCCACGCGCCGCCACUCGAUAAUUCUACACCCUUCGAAUUCAGCGAAGACGACGUCGUUUUCGGUUUCGACUAUUCUCACUCUUCUUCUUCUUUUCCCACCCCCCGCCUCCCUCACCAAUACAACCUCCAUCAGCAUCAUCACAGAAAUCCUUCUCCCUUAGGUCCUCCAGAUUCGUCUGGAAUCCCUCCCGUCUCGCCGGAAAACAAAGAAUCUCCCAAUGUGGUAGACGGUUCGGAUCAUUUGGACGAUGAUAUCGACUCUGUUUCACUCUCGAGUUUCGUUUCCUCCAAUUCAUCUUCAUCCACCACAGCGCAACCGAUUCUCGUCCAGAGAUCGGCGUCAGACCGAACUCGGCCGUUUCCGUCGCUCGCGGCGACUAAAUUCUACCAUUCCGCGCCGAUUAAUAUUCCGAUUAUGACACCAGAGAUGGCAGCGCUAGCAAGGAAAUACGAAGAGGAAGAAGCACGAGAAUUGGCUGAGGAAGAGGAUUUCAAGAACAAGAUUCCUCCGCAUGAGUUUCUCGCGAAACAAGUGGAUUUUUCGCGGAUGCAUUCGUGUUCGUUGUUCGAAGGAGUUGGAAGAACCCUAAAGGGAAGAGAUAUGCGGAAAGUUCGGAAUGCCGUUUUGAGCCAAACAGGUUUCAUUGAUUGA